AACCAUCGCUCGGAAUCGCGGUUCUGGGGUUGUAUCAGAGAAAGCGGGGGCAGGAGACAGGAGAUUUGCUUGCAGUGAAUCAUAAACCCUAGUGAGGAAUGGCGGCAGCAGAGGGGGGAGGAUCAGGUAGGGUGGGCGCAUCGGCAGGAGGUGGAGGAGCUGAGUCUCUGAAAGAUAAAGGAAAUGAGCAGUUCAAAGCGGGGAACUACCUCAAAGCCGCUGCACUCUACACUCAGGCCAUCAAGCAAGACCCUAAUAACCCCACUCUCUAUAGCAACCGUGCUGCAGCAUUUCUUCAAUUGGUUAAGCUUAGCAAAGCCCUUGCUGAUGCAGAGACAACAAUUAAAUUGAACCCCCAGUGGGAGAAGGGAUAUUUCAGGAAAGGUUGCAUAUUAGAGGCCAUGGAACAAUAUGAUGAUGCUUUGGUUGCUUUCCAAACAGCUUUGGAAUAUAACUCGCAAAGCACAGAAGUAUCAAGAAAGAUAAAAAGGAUUUCUCAGUUGGUGAGAGAUAAAAAACGUGCAGAAGUGGUGGAGAAAAUGAGAUCCAAUGUUGAUAUGGCGAGGCAUUUAGAUAAACUGAAAUCUGAAAUGUCUGGGAAACGUGGAUCUGAAGAAUGUUGGGAAGAAAUGUUUUCUUUCCUUGUCGAGACAAUGGAGUCAGCUGUAAAAUCAUGGCAUGAAACUUCUAAAGUGGAGGCUAGAGUUUACUUUCUCCUAGAUAAGGAAGAAACAGACACCGAGAAAUAUGCUCCAGCUGUGAAUAUUGAUAAGGCUUUUGAAUCGCCCCAUACACAUGGCAGUUGUUUUUCAUUUCUUAGGCAGUAUGCUGAGGAUUCUUUCUCCAAAGCAGCUUGCUUGGUGACUCCCAAAAGUAUCAUGUCUUAUCCACAGGUUUGGAAAGGUCAAGGUUCAAGGAAAUGGAAACACGGGCAACAUGAUGGCUUCUUUGUGCAAUUUGAGACCCCUUUCCUGCGGAAGCUGUGGUUUAUUUCUAGUUCCAUUGAACUGGGCCAGACAUUGUGCAGGGAUCCGGAGGAUUUAGAUAUCAGUGCCCAUGAAUUGAUUCCACGCCUAUUCAAACAGUCCGAUUCAUAAGUUCCUUUAUUUGUAUUUUGUUGGAGCAAAGUCUCAGGCCCAUUAUAGCGAGAGAUUGUGUAUUCUAAAGAACCGACAGCACUGGUGACAGUUUUUUGCCUUUACUCAGUUUGCAAGGUUUCCUUUGGCCCUGGUUAUUUGCAGGAAGGUGCUUUCCAUAAUCAUAACAUGCAUUUACUCAAGGUUUUGUCUCUUUCUAAAUUUUCAAGCCCUUUUGUUUUGAGCGAUUGCGUUUUACUGAGAGAUCCCUUACUGUGAAGUUGUUAGCCUGUUUUUCCAGUGUAAGGAGUAGUUUAGCCCUUGAAUUAAGUUGGGUAUCUGCUGCUUAUGUGGUGAAACCGAAAACUUGAAAUUAGGUCCUGCAGAACUAAGUUUAUUUGUAAUUGUCCAAAUAGCAAUGUAACUGUUGAAUAGGUUUUUGUGCAUCUUUACUGCCCCGUAUGAAUGCUCUAUGUAUGGUCCUUUUAUU